AAAAGAUGUGUUGAAAUAGAGGAAACUAACUGUUACUCUUUGUUGAAUUUUGAAUGAGGGAAACUAAUUAUGUCUCGCUGAAUCCCGCCUCUCGCCGGGCUUUGAACACGGCGGUGGAUAUCGAUCGUAAAUUCUAUAUGGCUCGCUCUCCACAUACGAUGUUUUAAUGAGAAACAGCGACAACCAACAAAGCGCCGUUUCUCAGCGCUUGUAUUCUCCGACAGCGGCAGGCCAGGAAUGGAUACUGCUUACGGACACACGCGGCUACCCCAGAUCAACAGUAGGAAGGUCUUCUGAAACACGACAGCAUGCAAGCAACUUCUUGAAGUCGAAAUUCAAGUGAUUUUAGCAUUUCUUUGGAGAUAUGUUUUGAAUUGUUGUGCAUUCGAGCAGUGUGAUGGCUACUGGGUAAACACGGGAUGGCUCUAAAGGGAACGCUGAAUACAUUACAGCUGUGAUCAACCACUCUCUUGUACACAGAAUGACAAGCGAUAGGCACCUUCAAGGUAUGGUUUGGAAACAUUCUAUUGUUUUUGGUCCUUUAGAAGUCACAAUUUUCUAAACGAUGUCUGUUCUGUAAUUCAGGCUAUCUUGAACAUUUAAAACGACGUGUUCUCUUCACCUAUUCUACCCUUUUCGCCUAAUAUUGUUCACCUUAAAUAUUCAAAAUUGUAUUCCUUCAGAAUUUUGAUUUUAUUACGUCAUCCAAGGCGAACGUAAUGGCUUCUGUUGCCGCCUGGUUACCGUUUGCCCGGGCAUCGGCCAUCGGGUGGGUUCCCGUGGCACAGAACCCCCUCCCCCAGCCAGUGGUGCGAGCGGAGAAUAGGAGGGGCGACGAAAAACUAACACUUAAUAUCAGUGGCAGGAAGUUCGAAACUUGGCGAACGACAGUGGAAAAAUACCCGGACACUCUACUAGGCUCUAAUGAAAAGGAGUUUUUCUUCGACGAUGACUCAAAGGAUUAUUUUUUCGACCGGGAUCCGGAAUUUUUUCGACACAUACUUAAUUACUAUAGAACAGGGAAAUUACAUUAUCCAAAACAUGAAUGCAUAUCGGCAUACGAUGAUGAGCUGGCUUUCUUUGGGAUCAUGCCGGACCUUAUCGGUGAUUGUUGCUACGAGGAUUACCGGGAUAGAAGACGGGAAAAUACUGAAAGACUUUUAGAUGAUCAAAAUUCGGAAAACGCGGACCUAGAUCCAGCCAGGAACCUCAGGGAGCGGCUAUGGAGGGCUUUCGAGAACCCCCACGUUGGCACUGCAGCUUUGGUAUUUUAUUAUGUCACAGGGUUUUUUAUCGCCGUAUCCGUUAUGGCCAACGUGGUUGACACCAUACCAUGUGGUCAGAAACCAGGGACGGACGAAACUCCGACUUGUGGAGUACGUUUUAAAACCGCUUUUUUCUGCUUGGACACUGCUUGUGUGAUGAUCUUCACGGCUGAAUAUCUUCUGCGAUUAUACGCUGCACCUGACCGCUGCAAAUUUAUGCGGAGUGUUAUGAGUGUCAUAGAUGUGGUGGCUAUUCUUCCAUAUUACAUUGGGCUUGUAAUGACAGACAACGAUGACGUCAGCGGCGCAUUUGUGACACUUCGAGUAUUCCGAGUUUUUAGGAUCUUUAAAUUCUCGCGCCAUUCACAGGGAUUACGAAUUCUUGGAUAUACUUUGAAAAGUUGUGCAAGCGAGUUAGGCUUUUUGCUUUUUUCGCUGACUAUGGCUAUUAUUAUCUUUGCAACAGUGAUGUAUUACGCGGAGAAGAAUGUACCCAACACAAGAUUUACCAGCAUUCCAUCGGCGUUUUGGUACACAAUAGUUACUAUGACAACGCUAGGUUAUGGUGAUAUGGUGCCGAAAACCAUACCUGGUAAAGUGGUAGGUGGCGUGUGCUCACUAAGUGGAGUCCUUGUCAUUGCCUUGCCUGUACCAGUCAUCGUGUCAAACUUUAGCAGAAUCUACCAUCAAAACCAGAGAGCCGACAAACGCAAAGCACAAAAGAAAGCGCGGCAGGCUCGUAUCCACAUGGCUAAAAAAGCCAGCGGGGCGGCAUUCCUUCACAGCAAGAAAAGGGCAGAGGAAGCACGCCGAGCAAGAGAGAGCGGUGUUGAAUUAGACGACAAUAAACAAAACAUGUUGGAGAUGCAACACCACCAUCUGCUUCAUUGUCUAGAGAAAACCACGGACCGUGAAUUCGGGGAUAUAGAACUGACAUUUAAUGGAGCCCUUACAACUAAGCCUUCGGAGACUCCCCCGCCCUCCCCGGAUCCUUCAUUGACCUCGCUGGAUCCCAAAGGGCGAAGCACUGGCUGUUGCGCUCGUAGGUUCUCAUCACAUCGGAGAUAUUUAGUAAGUAAGAAAGCAGACAAGGAUGAUCUGAAUGACAUACAGAUUCGAAUGCCAACAAUAAACAGAUCUUCUAGGUCGAGUUUAAAUGCUGUAGGCACAUCUACAAACAACAAGCCCAACAAUACUCUUACUGUUACCACUGCUAUUGUGACCCUCCCAACACCAAGUACUACCCCAGAGACCGAAUCAGCCCAAACCCAGAGCACAAGCGGCACUAUAUCACCCAAAUAUGGCAGUCCAAACCCAGGACUAGCACAGAAUCCAGGAAACGUCAUACGGAUUUCCACCUUGUGAUAACAGGACAUGGAUAUAGUUAGGAAUAUAGAAAUGGCGUGUUGUGAUUGAGACUCUCGAGAUUUAUAACAGUAGGAUAUUCGAUGCUGUCGCGAUUCAAGAAAACGUGUUCUUACUGAAGGUAGCGAUAAAGCGUGUACAAGAAGAGGUAAAAAUGUUUUCUAUUUUCCAAAAACUGGAAAUUUCUGAGCAAAGAGUUUCAAAGAGUACGGUUUUAUCCCAAAGUAAACAUCUGUGAAGUCAUUUGAAGAAAUCAGGAAAACACUUUCCUGCUUACAUCACUCAUCUGAGCUCUUCAAUCAAAAGCUGACCGGAAAUUAAUCAAAGGAGACGAGAAGGGUUCGGUGCGUAAACAGGGACAUAAUCUGUCAGUUUCCCUGUUCUAUAGGCCGUAUUGUAACAUUUCAGUCACAUUGCAAUUGAUGGCCUAAAUAUCGGAAUGUUUUGCGGAUACCAGUUUUGUUUCUCGAUGUGUUUCCUACAAUCCUAAUGAGUACGUAUGGCGAUAUAUAUCGGUAGGUGUGAUUGUUCCUCAAAUUAGACGAAAAACGGAUACAAGAGGAAGGUAACACGAGAACGUUUGAUUCAUGAGAUACCCGAAUUCUACUUUCAAUACCAUACUUCACAUUCUUUCAUAUCAUAUGAGACUGUUUUCACUUCCAUGAAGCUGUAGAUAAUAGUAUUUACAUUUUUGUAUAAUCCUUAACCAUGAUGAUCUCAUUAUAUGCUAUUCUUAAUCCCUUGUUUGAAUGAUAUGGAUGGACAUUAAGUUUUUUUAUCGCGGUUUUAUCAUGUUGAAUUUCCUAACGAAUGGAAAACUUAACUUUUUCUCUGGGUUGAAAUUUCUUGUCGAGUGGUGGUCGUUUUUAUCCAGGGAGUGAUGCUUCUUUAAUUGUGAUUGGGUAAGCGUAUUUGUAAUAGUAUUUGGUUGUAUCCAGUCGCUGGCACCAAAAUGUAACCACGCUUCUAUGGCGGCAGUCCAGACUAAAUAUAUCCAUGUUCACGGUAACGGUUCUGUCAUAACAUACAAAAUAGUGUGACCGAAUUCAUAUCUAUUUGUAACGAGCGGUUUUUGGUUAUCUAGUUUCAUAAAGAGCCUUAAGUCGUAAAAGCAGGGAAACAGGAAGUAAGUUUCCUCAAUGUAUGUAUAUAUAUUUUUGUGGCUAAACAAGCUACUUUCAUCGGUUUGGAGAAAAUCUGUGCAUACUUAUCAAGGCGCUGGCCUGCUUCUAUUCUCUUGAACAUAUGUUAUAAUAUAUUGUUAAAUAAUUUUAAUUAAUUUAUUUAUUUUGUUUCGAAUUCCGCACUGAAUUCGUGUCAAUGAAUAUAACAAAGUUUUAAAAGCCACCCUUCAGCAGUCUGGACUGCUACCCAUAGUCACAUGUAUUUUGAGGAUCUAGACUUGUGUCCCAAGUAUGCAUUGUAAGUCUGAUACCUGUUAAGGGCAGUACACGACACCAUUACAACACAAAGAAAGUGUACAGCCUUUAACAGAACAAACAGCAUGAAAAUGAAAUUAAGAGGUGUUUAUUUCGAAUCAACUUUCGGAUUUGAAACCAUAGCAUCAUUUUAAUGUUUGGCGUAGUGACCGUUGUCCGUGCUAUGACCAGUGUGAAAUACCUUUAGCUUUAUGCUGUACUAGUAGUUUGUGAGUUUGCCCACGAGGGAUUUAACAUGUAAAUACCAAUGAAGAGUCUUCAAAUUGUUAACUUUUUUAAAAUCAAACACAUUUUCUUUUAAAAAUUUGCUUCUAUAUAUAUUUAUUUAAGAUUUGUGAGAAUGGUACGGUUACCAUGGAAUUAAUGAGUGAAAGGGAAUGGAACAGUAAGUUUGCAUCUCAUGCAUACUGUCAGCGGAUGAAUCAGCUCAAGGUUUGUCCAUGACUUUUUUAUCUAUUUUUUUAAUGCAAAUAUUGCUUAUGAGGUGUGCACACAUGUGGAAGUGCUGUGCACUAUUGCUUGCAUUUCUUUAUGAGAUUAAGAUAUACAUAGACGUCGUUCGGAAUCAAAACGGAGUAGAUUAUUCCUAUUUGGAUGAAGACGAAAUUCAAAGACGUCAUAUUUGGAAAAUUAACCAGUGUCAUUUAGCAUUGCAGUAAAUAUGUUACCGUAGUUAUGGGUACUAAUAGUUCAUUACAUCCGUGACAUUACAAUGAGGGUGGCAUCUACAUAAGAUUCAUCAAUAUUUCUCAACCAACUAUUUGUGUGUACUUUUUUUGACGUUCACCACAUACACACGAAAUGCUGACGUCACUUCGAGCGCAUUGCAUCAUUGUGCUUUUGAGGGUGUUCCUCGGUGUAAGCCAUUUUUCGAUGAUUAAUUUAGCAUUAGGGAUUCAUUGAAACUCCGUUAUGGCGAGAUCAGAUACCAUAUCUCAAAAAUGUUAUCGGAUGGCAGUCGAACACAACUGCUUGUUUUAACAAGAUAAAACGUCUUUGUGAAAUCUCCCGCUGUGUAUGUCAACAUAGGAUAGUUUUGUUUUCUCUUUAACGACGUCAAAAAUACUACCUCUUAACAUUGGUUUUGCACUGAAUACUCGAAUGAUACAUUUCCAGAUUGAGCUGCCAUCUAGUGAUUUUUUUACUCGCGCAUGCCUCAUCGGAACCAUACUGCCACCCCAGAAGUCGUUUCGUUUGUGUUUGUCUUUAUUUGUUUUAGCCAAACAGGCCCGACGAGAAUUCUCCGAGCUUUGCCUGCGACGCAGAGCUCGCUCACUUAUAUAUAUAUAUUGUUUUAUUGAUCAAUUUUAUCCUCAGAAACAAUUUCGCGUGAUAAGUGUUUUACUUUUAGAUAAAUUGUUGAUUGAAGGGAUUCAAGGGAAGGGAUGUUGCGACUUUACAUUUCAAACGUCAUGACUUCACUUUCUACAAACACAAAAAGUCCAUACCUUUGAUAGAUCUUGUAUACGUCAUUGUAUUGCAGGGGCCAUAGGAUCCUAGGUAACCAUGCAUCAAGUAAUUUUAUUCAAUGCUAGCUUUCAUAGCUUUUAGUAUUUAUUUUCAAAUUUUAAAUUUUGGAGGUUGACUUUCAUUUUCGUUUUUCCACUAACAGCACCAUAACCAGUGAAUAUUUUGCCAAAAUGUGUUUCCUGGCUAGUAUAAGAAUAAAGAAAAGUGUUAGUUAUAAAGAUAUGUUCUGAUGUUUAUAGUGAAUUAGAAUUCCUGCAGAUACUAGGUAACGACAGUUUGUAAAUACCAGCCGUAUACGGUCUGUUACAACAAAAAUCUAAAUGUUUAUCAAUGUUGCUUGGUCCUGUAACAGUUAAAACCGACUCAGCAGGAUACCAAUUCUUUACCAGACUAAAUAGAUCUUGAAGCUUGCAACUGUUUAUUCCUUGCCCAAUGUUGUUAUGAUCUUCAAAUUGUUUAAACAUUGAUCAUAAGAACACAAAAAAUGUUUAAGCACACCUGUGAUUGAUAACUCCACGGCAAAUUAAAAUGUCAGUUGCAUCAUAUUAAUUUAGAGGUGAAAACCGGUACUUUUCUUACUGUUUAUCAAAUAUACAAUCAGAAUAUAUAGACAUAUAUAAGAAACUUACCUUUCGCAGAAUCUUGACACAAUUUGCGCUUGGCGUCCAUAGCUGAGCUGUUGCAACACUAGUGCACUAGGACUUCAAAAUGGUCUUAGUGACAUGGUAGAAAAUAGCAUUCUGAUACAAAUUGUGAUAAUUGUACUUAGAUGGCGGAAUAUUGUACAACAGAAGAUAUGUAUAGAAUGCAUGUAUAUAUUUGUAGGGAGAAUGGUCAAUAUGUUUCAAACUUUUUCGGAAAGGAAUCUCAAACUUGCAGAGUGGACAUGUGCUAAAGAAACAGGAAUGAUUAUUAAUAGACAGUAACUGUAAAAUACCUGUUAAAAUGCUGACCUGCACGGGACGGGACGGGACGGGACAUUUAUUGAAAUCAAGCAAAAAUUUGGAAAAAAAAAAAAACAAAAACAAAACAAAGAAAUAUUUCAUCGUCAGUGUGUUGAUAUCUACAAUAUGUAACACUAAUCAUUCCAAGUUAGUGUAUUUUUACUAUAAAAAGCCAAUGGAAAUUUUGUCAGGAAGCAUUUUUUUCUUUUUAAAGUCAAAUAUUGAUAAAAGUGAUCUGAUGUGAUUUAUAAAUAUAUAUGUGUGUAACUUCACUCUCUUCAAUAUUACAGAAAAGAAGAUUAAUAUUCCGGGUCUUAUAGAUAAUAUUAAUAUCUUUAAAAAAUAUUGAAAUAAAAGACAUAAAACUUACACUACAAAAUUUCUGAUAUUGUAUAAAAUACAUCUUAUACUAGAUAAGGUUUACAACUGUUAUGAUAUUGGUAAAAUUUUAAUGAUAUGUUUAUGUAGUACUUGUGAUGUACUUUAUGAUAUAUAUAGAACAUGAAAUAUAGAUUGAAAACAUACAUUGUUUACUUGAUAUAAAUAUUUGUUUAUCUAUAUAUGAAGAGUAAUUCUACAGAACAGUUCGUAACAGGUACAUAUAGGUCUACAUCUCACCUGCUUUAUCAAAAUUUCUGAUUAUUGUAUGUUGAAAUGUUAUUACAAAGUUACGUGAUAGAUAUUUCUCCAUGAACGGAUGCUAAUUUGUCCUGUGAUAUAGAUGUCGAAUGUUUUUAUUUCAAUUACACGAUGAUGUUUCCCACGGUGAUGUUCUAACUACUGCAUGUCUUCUCUCAGUAGCUAAAGGAUUAUAAAGUUACAGAAUUGUAAACUUGGCGCCGUGUCUUCUGUAUCUGAUCUUCAUUGUCUCCUUACUUUGUCAGUGUCUAACAAACCAUGUAAAACCCCUAUUGUUUAUAUAUAAGGUUUGCUCAUAGAAAAUGACCGUCUGAUAUUGUUUGGUAGUUUUACGUUUGAAAAAUGAUAUUAGCCGAUAUUUCACAAAUACUAGAUUUUUUUCUGAGGCAGCAUCGAUAUAAAAGAAAACAACAACAACAUUUGGUGGUUUUGAUUUUAUAUAGAAAUAGCGGGGCGUGAUACAGUAGCAGUUAAGCAUGCGGAAUCAGCAGAAUCAUUAUUGCCAAAAUUUUCUAUAAUAACCUGGGGAUAAGUCCCGAGGUUAACGAAUGGUCUAGUGUAUAGGAAAUUCCGAAUGUUCGUUGUUCUCAGGCUAUUGCCGGAAAUGGCUCACUAUGCACUUUACAUCAAUAUCCAGCAGUUUCGUUUUUAUUUAGUUGGUACUGGGAAAUGAGCAAGCUCCAACCUUGUUCAGAACAUACAGUAACAUCUUGGGACACUGUGACAAGUAUUUAAAAGUGUAAGGCUUGAUACUGUAAGCUUAACAUGGCGACAACGUGAUAUUUACUACCUUAUUGUGUCGCAAAGACUUAAGGGUACGUACACCUUUAAGGUUAUAAGUUAAGUAACUGUGACGUGGACACUUCAAAUGUUCAAUUUAAAAUUUAAAUGUGGCUCUUUCACCAAAGGAACCCGAGAGAAUAAAGAAAUUUUAAAUCCGAUUAAAAUUCAUUGAAAUUGAGUUAUGCUUCCGAGACAAUUUAUUUUUAAAACACUCUCAAGUAUUUCUAAACAGUGUUAUAUAGUAAGAAAAAGGAGUCUGACGCUAACUAUGAUAACUUAAGAUAUCUUCUUAAAUAGAUUUUCUCUUAUCUGAACGACAAUUCCAUGGCUUAUUUAUCUAUGAUCGGUCUCAUUUUUCGUCUGUAUUGUUGAGCUGAUAUAAACUUUUCUCCAGUAGCAUUGUCACAAACCUGACAUAUUGUGACUAAGAACCAAACAUGCGCAAAAACGAGAAUAUUUGCUACAGCUAUCCUCAAUUGACAUCAGGUAGUUCUAUAUAGCAUUUUGGUUUGACCUAUUUGGAAAUUAGAACGGUAAUAACACUAAAAAUUAUUUUGGUUUAAUUUGACACCUUGUCUUCCCGGUUCAUACGAUUCACGUGCAGGUAAAGAAAGAGAUCUUGUCUUUAUAUGUACAGUAUAGUCAAAAUUAAUACAGACUUCAUGACAGUAGCAACAUAAAGUAGCGUACAUAUCAGAGGCGCAAGAUAAGUGUAUUUCUGAACUAUUGUGUGGUUAAAUAGUCGAGGUUAAAAUAUAUUAUUACACAUAUUUCGAAUAGCGGAAUGUAUAACACAUAAUCGGUUUAUAUGAAUGUUGAAACUUUUGGAUUGAUAUAAAGAGGAAAAUGGACGUUAACUUUUCCAAACACGUGUGUAAUUAGAGCAAAUGUACUCGCAUAUGUACAUGCAUAUUUAUACACAAAUAAGACAUCUAUGUCCAAAAAUGUGUGGUUAGAGGCAAAUGUUCUCACACAUGUACAGGCAUAUAUACAUAGCGUGUGUGAGUAGAGGAAAGUAUACACAAACAUGAGAAAAGAAAUAAACAUACCUGUGAUAGGACAGUACAUGUGGCCCACUAAUGUAUCACACAUGUAUCACAUUAUAUAAGGUCACUGUGUUGAUGGAAACAAGUGUGUUGGUAUAUCUGUUCUUCAUUAGAUAACUACUACAACACAUGAACAGUUUUACUUAUAUCUAUGAUUAAACCAUUCAGCAAUGCAUUCACGUGGCCAUUUCUGAUCUAACAUCUAUUUAUCUACUGGACCGUUCAAAGGUCUCACGUUGAUUGGAAAUACAACACAUUCAGGUAUAUAUGUAAAUAUAUUCUUUUGCUAAUGUAAGACAAAACUAUUGUUUGAAGAGUACGAUUGACUGAUACACUUACUGGCAGCUUCAACCGUAGUACUCAUCACUGUUAUAUCGUGACUCCUUCCGUUCUGAAACUAGAUUUUUCAGAACGGUUAUAAUUUUCAUAAGUCUUCAUUAUUCAAACAUAAAGAAUGACACGAGCAUGCCAUGAUAUACGUCUCGUAAGACUAAACGCUACCGUGGAUUUUCAGUCUGGUUUACGAUAGUGCGGGUUUAAGUAAACUUUUGAAGUAAAACAUAUUUAAAGCGAUACUGAAUUAGACAUUGUCUUCAAAUAUUUCAUUUUCAAAGUUUGUAAUUGUCGCAAUUUUACUCUUUUCUCCAACAGAACGACAAAUUGUUCCCCUCGAAACUAACAUCCUCUAUAUUAUCAGUCAUGUUAAUUUGGUGACAUCGUCAAAUUGUGCGUCCUUCAAGGGGGUGCUCGAUUUAACUACUUUCAAGUCUGCUUUAGGGGAUACUCGAUUUAACUAACAAGUGUUUACAAAUAUCAGUUAGAAAUCAACACACAAGUCUACUUUAGAGGGUUCUCGAUUUAACUAUUUACAGAUCUCAGUAAGGCAUCGUCACACAGUGCCUAUUUCAUGGGGUAGCCGUAGUUUUACUUACGAGUGUUUACAGAUCAGCACUAUUAGUUUCUAUAGGAAAUUAAAAAAAAAAAAAACACAAUGUGCAAAUUUUAUGUUAACUGAAUUCAGUUUCGUGUUGUUCAUCUUCAAUGUUCUGUUCAUCAACCGAUAAUGUUUGUAUCUGUUUUUAAACAGCAUUGUAUAUGAUAUAUUGAUGUGAAAAUAUUACACUUGUGACUUUAGUAAAGAAUUUCGUUUGCCAAAUCCUUCAGUUUACUUCUAAUCUUAAAUCUUACCGAUAUUUGAGAAUCUACAAGAAGUUUUUUCCCCAUUAACUUAAAACAACAAUAACAUUUUGGAAAUUCUUUACAUUAUCCUGUCCCUCUUUGCCAACAAUAAUUGGCUUCUAACCUAUGUAAUACUGUAUCUGCCAAACAGUGUUUUAUUGUAAUGUAAGGAUGCUUAAGAUUUCCUGUGAGUGUUUUGUGAAUUUUCUAACUACACUUUAUAUCUUAAUUGUGCUUUAGAAACAUGUCCAUUGCAUUUCCGUAUUCUUUUUAUAUAAACAUAUUGAAGUAGACAUUUUGUUAUCGUAAUUUCAAAGGGCAAAGAUGUAUCGACAUAUUUUUUAUUUCUAGGUACAAGAAAAAAACAUACGAGUAAAAUUUAGAUGGACUUUCCUAUACAAUGUAGUGAAACUUGCUAACUUUCAAUCUAACUGCUCGUAAAAACAUCGAAAACGAAUUACCCAUAAAUCACAGUAUUGAAAACAUUUCACACUUAAGAGUUUUCAUGAAUGACCAACCACUAUCAGAAAAGCAUGUCACGAUUUAUCAGAUAACUAGUAUUUAUUGCAAAGACUGAUAAUGUAUGGACUCCCUCUCUCUAUAUAUAUACCUUUAACAAACUUUGGUGAUGAACCGUUCCAUUUAUAUACCAUUUUCAACUUUUGUUUCAAAAUAGAUAGAAUGUCUCUCAAUUUCUUUCUUUUUUUUUCUCAUUUUCAAUACGCUAGUGAAAAUUUAUUUUUCACAUCUACACAUUUUUCUUUUGCGUACGCAUUUUCAGCACAUGAUAUUAUACUAGACAAUUGCGUUGGUGAGAUUUCGCUCCCUGCGUGUGGUUUAUAAGAUUUAAUCCGACCAUGUAAGUGAAUUUAUGAAUGUGAAACUUUAGCUUGACUGCUACACUGAAGGUCGGGCUCCUGUACAUAUUAAUCAACGUUAAUUAUCCACCUGUUUUUUUCCAUCUUUUUUGGCAAAUGUACAUUUGACAAGUGCAAGUAGGUGUAGAACGAAGGAUCCCGUUGUUACAUUUUUGAUUACGAAUAAAAUCCCAACAAUACCAA